AUGAGCGCUGAGCGCUCACCGAACCGCAAAGAUACGUCCGCGGAACAAGGGGAGCCAACGGAAUUCAACGAUCGACACGGGUCUAUUUUCACGAAGGCGAUUCCUCGCCCACGAAUCACUUUAUAUGAUCUUCUCGUGCUCUUCACCACCAUCGGUUUUGGGAUUGCCCAAGCAAUUACCUCGUUCAUUGGGACAACUAUCGUCUCCGUCACUCUCCAAUGGAUUGCCAGUAUCGUUAUUUUCCUCUUCUUUUUCAUUCUUUCACUAUACAAAUCUGAAGAUCCAGAAACACAACGCAUGAAAUGGUUCUUCCAGACGGACUACUCCGGCACGAAAUUUCCGAAGAAUUUGAGAAAGCCAACGUUGGAUGCGUUGAGGACGGAACCCCAUCAUGGCAAAGUUCCGAUUAUCACUGCAAACAGGAUCUUUGUGACUAUCACUGUGGUCAUUUUUGGGCUCACAAAAGCGACGCUUGCCUAUGGCGGGUUCAACACCGCAGCGAAUACCAUAGAUUGGAUAUUCGGAAUCAUCAUUAGCUCAAUGACUUACUGUCUGGAAAUGUACCAAGACAGCUCAGCGGAUGUGUGGCCAGCCUUCUUCGUGGCCGACUAUGAGCCUGUUCUUGUCUCAGGAGGUUCUUUUAUCGGGUUUUCGAGUUUGUUUUUGUUCGGAAUGGUGGUCAUGGCCCUCUGGACAGCAUUCUGGUUAUUUGCUCUGUUUAUUUUCUGGCAGUGGCAGCCUCUCCCCAGGAAUAUUCCUGCUUUUCCAGCUGUCUUGGAUGAUAUCCAUUUUCUCUGUUGCAAGACACUUGUAAUCAUGUUUACAAUUCUCAACGCUCUUGUGGGAAUGCAGCUGUUUCGAACGUUUAGCUUCGUACUUGGCGUAUUUCUUAGGAUGAGGCUUCCCUCGACAUUCUCUAGACCCCGUCUUUUACCGCGCAUCCGUUUCUCCAUGACCAAUGUUGUCUUUUCGAGACAUUUACAACAGCUUUAUGGCAGGGUAAAACCCUACAUUGUACGCGCUUUGACCCUAUCGAUCUCGUUUGUUCUCGCGUUCGCUUUGUUCGUCUCUCCCAUAGGAUUUUGGUUUCCUACGCGGACUUUGUAUAGCCAACUUCACACGUCGCUUUGGUACCGAUUGACUCUCACUGUUGCAAUGGUGGGGAUGGGAUUUCUAGUUACUUAUUUCUCGAUGUCACCAUUGAGCUCAGCCGAUGUAGAGUGA